GUGUCCGCGCUCCUGCAGGCGGAAGUGUUCGUGCAGCGGCUCGUGGACGCGCGGAGUGUCACUCUGGAGUCUGUUGAAUUUGACAAAGUCUCGUGUUUUUGGAGGAGUCAUCAUCAUCAUCAUCAUCAUCAUCAUCAUCAUCAUCAUCAGCAGCAGCAGCAGCGGCGGCGGCGGCGGCGGCGGCUCCGCGUGGACGUGACAAAACCGCAGCUCUGACAUGAGGCGGCGGCGCGAGCUCCUCAUCACAACCAGGAAGGAAGCGCGUGUCCGGCUCUGCAGCUCCUCAUCUCUGCACACACACUCUGCACACACACUCUGCACACACACUCUGCACACACACUCUGCACACACACUCUGCACACACACUCUGCACACACACUCUGCACACACACUCUGCACACACACUCUGCACACACAUCAUUAGUGCUCGGGUUCGGACAUGAGAGCCGCCGCGCUGCUUCUGGUUCUGGUUCUGGUUCUGUUCUCGCUGUGGCCGCGGGUCCGCGGGACUCUGUCCAAAACCGACGCCAAGAAAAGUCACAAAGUUGAAGUUGAGAGCUCCCCCUCCGAGCUGCUGGUGCUGGAGCGGGGGCUGGUCGUGUCGGAUCCUCACUGGAGGGAGAUCGUGAAGGAGGAGAAGAGAUACUGCGCCCACAUCAGGAAAAGCUUCAGCGGACACGUGCUGGGAUACGUCACACCGUGGCACGCUCACGGGUACAAUGUGGCCAAACUCUUCACGCCGAAGAUGAGCUCGGUGUCUCCGGUUUGGUUACAGCUGCGCCGACGAGGACCAGAGACUUUCGACGUGUCCGGACUCCAGGACCACGACCCAGGUUGGGUCAAAGCUUUACGAAAGUCCAACAAGAAAGUCCGAAUCGUUCCUCGGGUUCUGUUGGACGGUUGGUCGUAUGAGGAUUACAUGAGCGUUUUGGGCAGCGAAGACGAGAUCGAAGAGCUGGCGUCUGAACUGGUCGACGUCGCCAAGACCGAAGGCUUCGAUGGUUUUACUCUGGAGCUCUGGAGUCAACUGGGAGGAAACAAACGCAAGGAGCUGGUUCACCUGAUCAAACACGUGUGUGAGAUGUUAAAAGCGAAGAGACUGGACUGUCUCCUGGUCAUCCCUCCGUCCAUCACCAGCUCGGGGCAGCCGGGGAUGUUUGGUCCGGAGGAGUUUGAGGCGUUGGCUCCGGUCGUUGACGGUUUCAGCCUCAUGACGUACGACUACAGCAGCUCCAGGUCCGGGCCGAGCGCGCCCCUGCCCUGGGUCAGAGACUGUGUCCUGCAGCUCGCCCCGUCCCCCCAGUGGAGACACAAGAUCCUCCUGGGACUCAGUCUGUACGGACUCGACUUCAGCGCCCAGGGAGCAGACCCCAUCCUCGGGGACAGGUUCAUCGAGCUCCUCCGAGAACAUCGACCCAAACUCCUCUGGGACGAAAACGCAGCAGAACAUUAUUUUACGUACAAAAGAAACAGCGCAGGGAAACACGUGGUUUAUUAUCCCACAUUAAAGUCCGUCUUCAUGAGGAUUUCGUUGGCGGCUGAACUGGGCACUGGCGUCUCGCUGUGGGAGCUCGGACAAGGACUGGACUAUUUCUAUGAUCUUCUAUAGAGCGUCUGUGUGUUUCCUGUUUGUAGGCGCCAUUUUGAGGACUUUUCAAAAUACAAAACUGUUUUGGUUUGGAUUAUUAAAGACCCACAUGACUCGACUGUUCUGUUCUGCUGUGGUUUCCUCGUCGCUCAGACAAACUGGAGUCGUGUUUUGUUUCAUUCACAUGUUUAACACACAAACCCUCAAACUGAAAACACUCUGUUCCACCUUGUGAUGUCAUCAUGUGGUAAUACAGGAAGUGCUCCACUGUGUUUUUAAACUCCACACACCGUCACUAGAAUCAUCUGGAUCGUUUCAGUCGUGGAGUUGUUAAAGAUUAAAGUGACGUUUGGAUGUUUUUGCA